AUGGGUUCAUACUGCAAGAUAUCUCUAAGGCGAUCUUGGCACAAUGCAAAAAAACGAGACCUACCAACCUUUUGUGAUAUUAACGAAAUCGAUGACUACCUUACUGAAAAUCAAGUCUACGAGAAGCAUGGUUUAAAUGUUACCAAAGUUCGUGUCUUGCCAACUGAACUUGCUGUUCGUUUACAACUUCACGGAAUUGUCCUGUUCGAAAUAAAAGACUACAGUAUUUAUUUGUUGGACUAUAUUACGAUGUCUGAAAUCAACAGAUGGCACUUCAAGGCUAUCAGAAGUUUUGGUUUUAAUAAAGAUCGUCUAUAUAUUCUGACCGGAAGCCACUGCGUAGGUGGUCGUGGACUGCUUAUACUCGAGAGUGAAAAUUGUGCUGACAUAACAAACAGCAUGAUCUGUGUGGUGAAGAGCCUGGCGGGCGAGAGUGAGCCGCCGUCGGAGGUUACAGACAGCCCCCUGCCCAACGCAGUUCCCAAUUCAGCCAAAAAGUCAAUGCAGGACCUCAGCGCCAGUCUGCAGGACUUUUGUCGGGCCCACUGCUGCAGCCUGCCACCUCUGAAAAAUCGCACUGAGGGACAGACUGCUGAGACCGAUGAUCUGGGAAGUAACGACCAUCCAACUAGAAGCUCAGAAACAGCAAAUGUCAAUUCAGGAAAUGACGACGAUAACUUAAGCCUUGAUGAAUUUGGAGCGGCAAAUUCAGAGAUGAAUUCACUUGAAGUUGACCUAAAGCAGAGAUUUUCUCUUAGCGGAGAGGUCGAAGGAAAGGUAAGGAGCUCCGCGAAUGAAAAUUUUUGUCUUUCAAAGGAGGCAAAGAAGCUCACUCUCAAGACAUCGGUUUUAAGAAAGAGCCUCUCCGAGUUUUUCUCCCACGGUGCGACACGGGGAGAAGUUGUUAAAUCACCACUUCCUCCAAGUCCAACUUUAUUGAAGUGCGUCUCUAGCACAACGUAUACUGCAGAUUGCCUUCCACAUUCUCCAAAUGUCCUUUUAAAUGACCGCAAAUCACAUAGUUUGGUAGAUACGCAGAAGGUUCAAGGAAACGAUAAUGAACGCAUCUGUCUAAGUGAGCAGAAACACGCACGUAGAACAGAGUCCGCAAAAGCUGUUCAAUUAAUAAAAUGGAGAGAUCUGUCUGAAAAGGAGGACUACUGCUCCUCGGCGUCGAAACGAGUCCUGAUGGAGUCCCCGGAGCACGGCGGCGAAUCCGACUACCGCGGCAGUGACCUUGUCGUGGAGCAGCAGCUCUCGACCACCCAGGGCACGGAGUCACCUUCGAUGCAAGAAGAGGCGUCUCUACCGUCCUCGUCCAGCACCGCGAGAAAUCGCCAGUUGGAAGCGGCGCUACGACACGAUAUGAUUGCAUUUACUGCUUUCUGA